AUGGAGCGAGCGUAUCCACAGAACAAGACGUACGAGCUGUACAGCUCCUUUGUUUUCGGAAAUGAUGACAAGGGCACCAUAGAGAAGGUUACUGACACGAUUACACGGUUGAUGUUGAUGGCGACUUUCCGCAAAGAGUUUGACGGAGAACAGGUCAACUUCCUCGUCACAUGGAUUCACUCAGGAGGCAAAGCAACAAAGAGGAAACCGACCGACUCCACCUUAUUCUGGCGGAAAGCAGUGUUCCACGCCUAUGUUACGAUCGAGUGGGUAGACAAGUGGAUGGAGGUAGAUAUGAAGCUUUUCUUGGCCAGGGUGAAGAAGGAGCUUCGGCCGCUGUCGUUUAAUGGGACGGCGGCAUUCAUCAACUUUCCUGACCGAGACUUCCCCACAAAAUUCCACGAGCGGGCAUAUUAUGGGGAGAAUCUCGCUGCACUUCGAGAAGUCAAGAGAAUGUGGGAUCCGCAAAACUUUUUUGCUUGGGCCCAGGGCGUUCGGCGUCCAGGUGAUCCUGAGGAGGAUAGGGGACGUGGUGAUGAGGAUGACGAUGAGGCCAAGGCUGAUAAGCUGGCUGCCGAGCAGUGGGAGAAGCAGGUGUGGGCGGUUCCUGAGACAAAGGAUAUGAAUGCUGAGUUGAAUGAGCUUGCGGACUUGGGCUAUGAUGACUUCUCAGAUUAG